GCUUAUGCAAGAAAUUUAUCGUCUGCAACAAGAUUCAAAAUCUGUAACUGAUUUCUACUCUGAAUUGAAGAUCCUUUGGGAGGAAUUAGAAAUUUACAUGCAUGUUCCACAGUGUACAUGCCGUUCUCAGUGUUCUUGCGAAGCUAUGCGCAAAGCAAGACAAAAUCAUCACACUCUUUAUGCUAUCCGCUUCUUAACUGGCCUCAAUGCUAAUUUUGACAUGGUUAGAUCACAGAUUUUACUCUUGGAUCCUUUACCACCUAUGAAUCGUGUUUUCUCUAUGGUUUUGCAAUUUGAAAGGCAAGGCAAUUUUGCUGCUAUUGAUGAAUCCAAGGUCUUAAUCAAUUACUCUGAUUCAAAACGUCCCCCAAACAAGAAUUCUAAGGCAAGCUCUUCUGCUCCAAUCAAGAAGCAUUGUACUUUCUGUGAUAAACCUAAUCACACUGUGGCUGAUUGCUUCAAGAAGCAUGGUUAUCCACCUCAUAUGCAAAGAAACCAUGGUGCUUACAAUGCCUCCACUGAGGGAGGUGAAGCAUCUAACACAGUUGAGGCUCCACCAGCUCAGCCAACCUCUUCCCUAUCCAUCACUCAAGAUCAAUUUGAUCAGCUAAUGCAGAUACUUCAGUCUUCCAACAUUAAUCCAUCUUCUGGUUCUACAUCUUCACAUCAGGUCAAUUCUUCCCAAUCAUUUGGUCCUUCAUCAAAUGGUAGGCAAGGAAAAGGAAUCAUUGAAGACGAUUGGUUCAGCUAAACAGGUUGAAGAUUUGUACUACUUACAUCUUGCAAAUGAAAGUGUGCAAGCUUCAAGUUU